AUGGAGGGAGUGCCUGUUCCAGAGACACGAGCAAGGCACGCUGCGCAACCACAUCCAGGUAGCAGUGCAGUGACCUCGUCUUACCAAGCGCCAGUAUCAUCAGCUGCAAGCACAGAGGUAACUCCUAUUACUCAAGGGGGAGCUCCAGUGAAUCCACGUCUGGCUUCCACUACUGCUACCACUACUACUACUGCCGUUCCAGCUACCGGUGUUGCCAACGGAAUUACAGCACCGAUUGGGGGCAUCGCUGUCGGGGGUGUGACGGAUAAUGCCAGCAUAGCUGCUACAGAGGGUGGUCCUCCUUCUUCAUCCACACGUAAUUUUGCAACAAGCCGCAAAGUGCAGAAGUUGCUGGACAUUACCGUUAAUGAUAACUUUCGAGAACUUGUGUUAUAUAUGAACGACGCAGUGCCAGAGUUCCUAGAGAGUCUGUUGCCACCACCCGAUGAUUCUUCGAUUUCUGAGGUGGAGAAGACCUCUACACAACAAAGACAACAAUCACAACCACUGCAACACACCGGUAUCGCAGUUGCUUCUUCUUCCACGACGCUGCGCACAGCUUUGGAAGGCCGUGUAAUUGAUCUUCAUCGUUAUUUUUUGCAAGAAUGGUCGACCCUCAAUGAGGUUUUUGAAGAGGCAUCGGAUUUCGUGUCAAAACUUAAUGAGGAAAGUGGUGUGCUGCAGACCGCACUCGAUGCCCACGCUGCGCAGGCGGAGGAAUAUGUCGGUCUCAUGACUACACUGCAGGCAGAGCUCUCACUGGUGCAGCAGCGUGAGAAGGAAAUGCGGGAGUUUCAGGAAAAGUACCACUUUGCUGCGGAGGAACAGGCUAUCCUCGAGGAGAGUCCCGUCGACUCUGCCUACCUAGAUGUUCUGCAGCGGGCGCAGGUGACGCACCGCAAGUGCCGUGAGUUGCUGCUGUCACGUGAGCAUUAUCAAAGUGCAGCUGCUGUGAUGGACAUCACGUACAGUGCUAUAAUGAAAGGGUCCGAGAAGGUCGCGCGCUAUUUGAUGUCUGCGUCCGCAGCAGCACCAGGCUCCACGGCAAAUGCGGCAGGAUUCGGCGGCAGCGAUGCCCCGGAGCUGACGAGCUUCUAUCUGCGCUGUGUGCAGUUUCUGCGUGAGGAGAACAUUAGCCAGUGGGCAGCGGUGAUAGAGGAGGUGGCGCGGCUGCGGCGGGCGGCGGUGCUGCGGCAGUACUUCCACCUCAUGACGACAGGUUCCUCCACCACAUUGGCCGGUACAUACCGAGCAGGUGGCAGGCGUGACAGGGCACCAAGCACUGGCGGGGUGCGCGCGCUGGAAGCAGAGAUCAGCAACCCCGUCUUUUUCUUCAGUUCGCUCUUCGCUUGGCUUCAUCAAGUGAUUGUCGACGAGGAUGACUUCUUCACCGCUUUUUUUGCGCCACCAGCGCUGGUGGCAGAUGAUGCAACAACAGCGUUAUCAACCGACAAGGAGACGGCUUCUGUUCGAGAUGGUGAACCCGGUGCAUUGGCAGUACCGUCGAUGGUGGGUGAGGAUGCGUUGGAUGGCAAUGGCGAAACAGCGUUCCCUGUUAGCAAGGCCGCCGUGCUUGAUUCUAUUUUUGAGGUGCUGUGCAAACACAUUCAAAGUGUACUUGACGGUGUGCUUGAACGUUUUCUCCGCGCUUCGUCGAGUCUUCACGAUGGCGACAACAGCAGCAGUGGUGGCGGCGCUGGGGGUAGUGGCAGUGGUGCAGGCGCAUCGACGGGUCCAUCUGGACCAAUCGGUCUUACUGGCGGCAUCAAGCGGUUGCUCACGGCAGCGACAGGGCGAACUGUAUCAUUGACGUCCGACGCGGGUGAGGGCGCGCAGCGCUACCAGCACCUGAUGAACCGUUCACAACAGGAGGCGCUUGUGGCAUCGACGCUCAUGGGUUUGACGAACGGUCUGCGCACGGCUCAUACACUCCUCCAACUCUUCACCUAUUACAAUUGUAGCACUUUCACUGCGCUUCUGGGAAGCGAGGCAGCGCUUACGCGUCUUGUGGCAAACGACUCCAAACUGCAGCUACUGCGUGUAUAUCAUACAAUUGCUAAACAGCUGGCCGAACAUGCGCUGGACAGUGUGGCAGGUGUUGCGAGUCGCUCAGCGGUACUGCGUCGUCUCGCGUCUGCCGAGGCAAUGUUGGCGGUAGAAGAUGGCACGAAGAAAAGUGAUAGGGCGACGUAUUUUGUCACUGAUUUUCUUUUCGAUCAUGCGGCGGAGGAGGAUAAAGAGAAUGACAGUGCUCCUCUUCACGACGAUAUGCAGCGGCAGGUGUCACCACAAUUGUCAUCUGAGAGAGAGACCCCGUCUAACGUCAGGGGCCAGAGUCUUAGCAUUUCCAGCACCACCACCAACCCGUACCACCGCAGCGGUUUAUCAAAGCACCAGGCCCAGGCGGCCGAUCUGCUGCGGACACUAUACACCAUGAUUUUGCCGACACCACCGGAGGUUGAGGAGUGUCUGCGCGUUCUGCAGUCCACUAUGGUUGAGGCGGAGAAACAUGCAGAGAUUAUGGAGUCUGUGCGUCUCAUGCUUUCCAAGAAGUCUGCGAACGAAGAAAACAUUGCUGCAAACCAUCCGUUGUAUUAUGAGCAGUUCUUCACUGUGCCUGUGCAGCACGUGCUAUCAUUCCCGAUUGUGCUUGCGCGGCAGCCCACCAUAAGCAAUGCGCUCGAUGAACCUUGCAAGUUGACGCUACAGCUCAACACCAUGGCUGCACUGCAGGAGACGCUCGCUCCGCACCUGAACCUACUUGCACUCGGCAAUGCAGCGGCAGGCCACACGACACCCCUCUCAGAUGUUGUCUCAGAGCGCAUCCAGAAGCUUGCGAAUGAACUGAUAGCAAGCCUUUCAAAGUGUGCUGUGCGACACUACUUCCAUCAGCGACUACGCAGUGCUAUGGCAACACCAGUCUCUGGUGGCGACGACGUGGGCAGAAUUAGCAACAUGGGUGGGGGGAUGGGUAGAGGAGAUGCAGACGCCGACGGUGAGCAGCUCGACGCGGCAACUAUCAUUGCGCAGCUCAGCGGCUUCUACAGCGUUGUGGCGGCAUCGGGUCAUGUAUAUGUCCCCCUAGUUGCCGCACUGCGCCUUCCUCGACUGCGAGAGCAGGUAAUGCGGGGCGUUGUACGGGAACUCUGCGACGUGUACGAGACGCGUUACACGCGUCUGCUUGAACUUGGGCAGCAGCAGUUGCCUAGUGUUGAUGCCGAUUUCAGCGAGGCGUCGUUGACCGUGAGUGAUCUUGACCCGCGGAAGCUACGUAUUCUGCUGGACGAGGCGCCAUCCUUGCCAUCCUAA